AUGUGUUUAUUUGAAGUUAACAAGCAAUGUUCUAGAAAUAUGACGCUUGCAAGGAAGAAGGAAACAAAAGGCGCAUAUUUAACAUGUAUAAAUGAAAAAGCAGGAGAGAAAAACAAAGCAGGUACUCUGAAGUUGUUACAUGAUAUCACGGUGUUGAGUUCUAUACAAAAAAUGAAAUGUACUGAAAAGUGA